AUGAAGCUCACCACCACCGCCCUCCUCACCCUCGCCGCUCACCUCUCCCUCACCUCCGCCGGCCCCGCCCCAACCGCCGCCGAAGAGUGCGGCCCCCUCGGCGUCAUGUCCUCCACCGACGCCGCCACCAAAGCCGGCAUCAGCCCCGCCGACAUCCGCAAGUGCAAGGAACACCCGCUGUCGCUCGUCAGCCCCCGCGACACCGCCGCGGAUGCCACGGACGCCACGGUCUUCGCGCGCGACUGCUGGUGGGGCGAUAACUACGGCUGCACCGACGGGUACUGCUGGGAGAAGUGCAACCCCGAGAAGGGCCACUGGUGCUGGACCGCGUGGGGCGACGGCUUCGGCGACUGGCGGAAGUGCAAGGGCAAGGGGGAGUGUGAGCCUGUGAAGAACGCGGCUUGCGGGCAGGGGAAUUGUGAGAAGUGCGGGUGUAGCUGCUGA